CAGACUUCCUCUCUUUCCCUACGCCUACACUUGACUACGUACGGCAACAUACGGUUCAAGAUGCCUAGGGGUCGCCCUUCAAUUGAUAUAUCCCCAUUUCGCCUUCAGAUUCAACAAUGGAAAAACGACGACGGUCUCACGCUCAAACAAAUCGUACAGCGCCUUAAUAACGAAUUCCACAUCGAAGUUCAACGUACGACCGUAUAUCGCAACCUGAAGAUCUGGAAUGCUUCCAUGAGGCAGUAUACCGAAGACUCUGAACAACUACGUGAGCGUAUUAAAGACCUAUUCUUUGAUAAGGUCUUGAACGAUCACUUUAUGCUUCUGCAGCUUCACUCUGAGGGCUUUCUGAUCUCAAAGACUGGCCUCUCACGGAUACGGCGAGACCUAGGCCUUUGGCGGCGUCAAACCCCUGAGAUGACUAGCGAGAGACUUCACGAAUUGCGCCGUUUCUUUGAAGACGAGUCCGAAUUACACACUAAGCUUGAGACCUACGGGCGCACACUACUCUACGUAUAUGUCCGUCGAAAUCAUCAUAUCUUGAGCCGCCGAGCCCUGUACUCAUGCUUUCGCGACUUUUCCCCUACUUGUGUUACCGAACGGUGGAAUACGAUGCGAUAUCGCCGAACUGGAUGGACUUCUCCAGGCCCCGACUUUAUUUGGUCCCUUGAUGCGUACGAUAAAUUGAAGGCCUGGGGCUUUGAGAUCUAUGCCUCCAUUGACGCUUACUCACGGUUUAUUACGUGGUUCUACGUGGGCAUAUCCUCUAGUACGUCACGAAGCGUUGUUGCACAGUAUCUCGAUGUUCUCUCGCAGCGGAAAACCAUGCCAAAUAUCAUCCGUUCCGACCGCGGCCAAGAGACAAUCCUUAUGGCUGGAGCACAUUAUUACCUUUCGAAGACCCGCGUACGCGCACGGGAAGGUAUCCCACAAGAUGUGCGCUUUCGAGACUGCUGGAUCUAUGGCAAAAGCACGCAUAACGAAAAGAUUGAGAGCUGGUGGCUUCGAUUGAGUAGGGGUAGGGCUAAAUUCUGGCGGGAGUAUUUUGGUGAAAUUACCGCACUUGGCCAUUUCUCGAACGACUCCCUACCCGACCGUAUUGCAAUGCUCUAUCUCUUCAUGCCGAUCCUGCGGGCUGAGUUUGCCGACUUCGUACUUACGUGGAAUUCGCACUACAUUCGCAAACAACGCAAUAGGCCGCAUGUGGUUCCUGGGCAGCCAUGGACCCUCUACUUUCAGCCUACCGCACGGCAGGUUGAGAGCUUUGCAGAGGUUAUCCCUCAAGAUCGAUUACAAACGCUCCAAGAUAUCUUCGACGGGGACCGUAUUGAUCUUGAUGCCUACUUGCCAGAAGAUACAAUAGCUAUCUGUGAUCGCAUUCUUAGAGGCCAGGAAGAUCUGCCAAGAGAUCCGCCACAGCAACCUAAGCUUUCAGCGUAUCUAUUCCUACGAGAUCGUUUACGGCAGUACAUUAGGAGUAAGCAGCAGCCAGAGCUGGCAUUAUUGGAGACGCCUACGGGUGGCCUAGACCGCGUACGUGAUCAUUUGGCCACUCACGAUAUCGAUACUGCUUCGCUUUUGGAACGCAUUGAGGAGGAAGAGAUUGACUGGGGUGAGGGAGACCAACUAUACGACUAGAUGCAUAACCAAUUGUAGCAAUUGAACUGAAACUAA